AUGACUGGGUCUGUACUCAAACAACCCCUCUACAAUCGAGUAGCCAUCAUUGGUGGUGGUCCUGCUGGAUUGGCUGCAGCGAAAGCUUUGGCGUUGGAGCCUACUCAAUUUGCCAAAAUUGACAUCUAUGAGAGGAGAAAUAAACUAGGUGGGUUAUGGUACCACAACGGUAAUAAAAGUCUAGUGCAUCCGGAAGUUCCUAGCGUAGACCCUGAUUCAGGGGAGCUUCUAGAUAAGCCGGCCACUGACCAGGAUGCAUUUUUCUCGGCAAUUUACAAGUAUAUGGAAACAAAUAUAAUAGGUAGAUUGAUGGAAUAUCAAGGGUUACCAUUUCCAAGAGAGCUGCCAAUGUAUCCAAAAAGAGAUAAAGUGCUAGAGUAUAUCGAUGAAUAUAUCAAAACAAUACCGGAGGGGAAAAUAGAGUUCAAGUUGAACUUUGACGUGGUAAGUGUGAAAAAAGUUGACGCCAAUCAGGAUGGAUAUAGUGGCACUGAUUCAAUAAAUAACUCUUGCAGUUCAGAAGGUACUAUUUGGCGUGUAGUGGCGGAUAAUGUUCUGUAUGAUCUGAGAGAAGUUCACGAAUAUGAUGCAAUAAUAAUCGCCAAUGGGCAUUUUAAUACCCCUUACAUUCCAGAAGUCCUGGGCCUAUCCGAAUGGAACGAAGCAUUGCCACACACAAUCCUCCAUUCAAAACACUUUGAAGAUCCUAAUACUUAUAGGGGCAAGCGAGUUUUGGUGAUUGGAAAUGCAUCUAGCGGAGUAGACAUUUCAACCCAAAUAAGCACAGUUGCCGAGAAAGUGUAUGUAUCCGUUCGCGAUGUGGGUAAAGUUGAUCCACGCAAUGAUUUGAUUGAGUAUAUUGGACUAAUCAUCAAAUACGACUAUACGACUAGGUCCAUUACUACUAUAAAUGGAGACCAUUUUGAGGGCAUUGAUGUAGUGAUUUUUUGCACGGGGUAUUUCUAUAGCGUGCCUUUCCUAAAAUUGGAUGUAAUAACAGAUGGAACACAGGUUCACGAUUUAUAUAAGCAGGUGUUUAAUGUUUAUGAUCCCUCAAUUUCGUUUUUGGCAUUGCAAAAGGAAGUUGUACCAAUGCCUAUCUCGGAAUCUCAAGCGGCACUAGUUGCAAGGGUAUAUAGCGGGCGUUACAACUUACCUUCUGUUGAAGAGAGGAAACAAUCUUACGAAAAAGAAAUACAAAUGAAAGGUUCUGGCCGCCAAUUUCAUAGCUUUGCGUAUCCAUUGGAUGUAGCAUAUCGUCAACAUUUGCAACAAUUGAUUGAUGAGCAAGAUAUUAGGUCGCCUGGUCUUGUGGCUCCAAUAUGGGAUGAGAGUUUAAUAUUUGAUAGACUGCAGACUAAAUCAUACAAAGCAAAAAGGUUGCAAAAGGUCUUUGAACAUGUAAAAAAGUUGAGAUCAGAAGGUAGAGAUUUCGAAUUGUUGGAUUAG